AUGGCUCAAGUGUCCCCAAUGACCGGCGGAGACGACGACACCACUAGCUAUGUCAAGAACUCCACUUUUCAGAGAGACGGGCUGAACGCGGCCAAGGAAGCCAUCAGGGAGGCCCUCACUGAAACGCUGGACCUAAAGACACUCUUAUCGGGCUCGACCACCUUCACCAUAGCGGAUCUUGGCUGCGCGGCCGGGCCCAACACCCUCCUUGCCAUCCAGGCAAUAAUCGAGAUCAUUGGCCUCAUGAACCGUUCCCAAGGAGCCCUUGACCCGGAUAAACUCGAGUUCAAAGCCCUCCUCAACGACCUCCCGGCCAACGACUUCAACACCCUCUUCUCGACCCUCCCCGAGUUGGAAUCGUGCUACGUGGCGGGCGUGCCGGGCUCGUUCUACGGGCGGCUGUUCCCCCGAUCGUCGGUACACGUGGCGUACACGUCAUCCUCGCUCCACUGGCUGUCCGGGCCACCGGCGGAGCUUCGGGAAAGGGGCGGGCCAGCGUGGAACCCGGGCAGGAUACACUACACGUGGAGCGAUGACGAGGCGGUGGUGAGAGCGUACGAGAGGCAGUACGAGGAGGACAUGGGAGUUUUCUUGAAGGCCAGAGGCGAUGAGGUGGCCGCCGGAGGGGCGGUGGUCAUUAUUAUGCCUGGGGUUCCCGACCGGCGGACCCCGCAUGAUGUUGGUAUAGCGAUUACUUUUCUUGGCUCCAUUCUCAUGGACAUGGUCAACGAGGGACUACUAGACCAGGAUCUUGUGGAUACGUUCAAUUUCCCUCACAUGUAUCCUUCGGUUGAGCAAAUGACAUGGCUAGUGGAGAAAAACGGUUGUUUCGAUGUUAUGAAAAUAGAACUAAGGAAUGCGAGGCCGGACCUCAAAGCUCCUAUAGACAUGGAGAGCGCCGUAAGGCACUUGAGGGCGUUCACUCAAGGAAGCAUUGGCGCUCACUUUGGGAGUGAGAUAGUCCAUCAGCUUUUUGAACGAGCCUUCAAUCGAAAAACAGACUUGGCUCAGAUGUUGCUCUCCUCUGGCAUCGAGAUUGGAGCUCAACUCUUUGCAGUUCUCAAGCGCAAGUGA